AAAAUCAGUAAAUUGGAGAGACGAGGUGUUUAGUUGGCUGGAGUCGCUGCGCAAAAUAACUCGUCAAAAAAAUGUCAAAAAUUGUUUUAGUGCUAUUAGUGGCCUUAGUUGUCGAAACGCUAGGGCAGCAGCCAUUUCUAAGUGAUAAGACAGUCAAGUGUUACGACCAGGAAUGUCCCAAUACUACAACUGCGUGUAGGAAAACUAUCCGAACCAGCGAUGACAAAAAGACCUUAAAUACGAUCAUCUCUUGUCUGGAUGCUCAAGAUAUGGUAUUGACGGACUUCCGCAGGGACGAGGAAAAUCCCUUCGGGACGGGCACUACGUUCCAAAGUACAUCGUUUUCUGGGACAUACACAUCGCACAAUGGAGGACCAAUUAAUGUUAACAUCAACAAUGAUAUCGAUCCUCACAGUAACGUUGAAGAUUUCUCCUAAACAUUUGUUUUACUCCUAGAGAUGUGUAAGAGUGAAGAGAAAUGAGGUUGUUUUUAUAAUAUAACAAAUAAACAUGAUUAGUAAGAA